AGUUAAAGCUGCAAAUUUUUUUCAAGGUGACAUUUUGUACUAAAGCUUGAAACGUUGAAGAGGAUUAAACAUGAGUCGUGAAAGGGAGACCAUAAACAUUUCAAAUGCAUCUACUUUAACAAAUCUUUUCUACUUGUUUUUCCAUGGAGGAAAAGCAGCAAUCAUCCCCUUUCUAACCUUGUUUUUCAGACUAGUGGGGCUCAAUGCAUUUGAAGCAGGUAUAAUUAUAGCUGCUAAAACACUUACAGCAUUAAUAUGGGCUCCACUGUGGUCCAGGUGUGCGACGGCUUACAAUCAUCACAGACUUGUGCUUAUAUUGUCUCUCUUUAUGAUGAUGGUUACAUAUCUUUCAUUUCCUGCUCUUUACACACAAAUUUCAAAAGCAGAACACUGCAUGGCACCAGGCAAUAUCAACAGCAAUAGUUCGACUGACAGCCAGAAACUCACUGGUGGUCCACAAACACCACCGGCCAAUUACAGCAUUAGUAAAUCCAGUUUCAGUAUUUCCACCCCAGUCAGCACAAUUAAUGUGACAGAAAAGGUUGAAACAUCAAGCAUGAUUAUACCUCUUGAAGUCUCCCAUUAUACAGCAGAGCCAACAAACGUAACAAGUUUCGAACCGUCAGAAAAUGAAACGGAUCAUUUAUCACGAAGAGAUUUAUACAGCUUCUCAAGCCAUCCAACCACAGAUAAAGAUCAGAAUGUGAUCCAAGCUUUGUCCACAUUUAACACUAGUGAUACAGAGGCUCUAGACCAACAGCUGCAGUCAAUCUUAAAGGCACUUAAUUUUGAUUUGGAUGAAUUUUUAAAAGCUAAUUUGUCCUUAAAUGAGUUGACUACCCUAAUGAACAUUGGACGAAAUUAUUCAGAUCAAAUAACAGAAAAGCAAGCAGAAAAAUUAUACAGACAGCUGCAUGAGCUAGGAGAAGCAAAUGUAGCAAUCCAGGUUGGUUGCUUCACCUUUUCCAGUUACAUAUUCUUUAUAGCUUAAUUUUGAUAGUUUCAAAGUUAAUGAAACAGGAAUUCAUAGUUUGUCGCCUGGAAGGUAGUAAGGAGCUCACUACUGAAACUUAUUAUUUUAUAGCACUUUUUUGUGUGUGACUUGAUGAAUUAAAUAUUCAUAUAAUUUUCACUACUAAAUUCAUUGUUAAAUGAAAUGUUUUCCUAUUAUUUUAAAUUAUCUUUAGUCAAUUACCAAAUGCAAGAUUUAAGUUUCAUUGCAACUUAGACAUACCUUCACGAUUAUUUCUUAAAAAAGAAUACAUUUUUUAUUUUACUCUUUAAAUUAUUAGCAUGGUUUUGGAAAUAUUUGUCUAAAUUUAAAAAGUCUUGUAUUUCAGGUGAAGGAGAGAUCAGUCAAUAAUGAGAGGUACAAAAGAAGUGAUUUGGUUGACACACUGAAGGAAAAACUGCACACAAUUCAGGCUACCCUUCAGGAUGACAGGCUGCUACUUUUUCUUGUCAUAUUGGCCAUCAUUGUGGUAGGUGAGAUAUUUGCCUCUCCUGUUGAGAAAGUUGCAGAUGACUCAUGGUUUGACUUUUUAAGUCGUAUUGAUGACUUGGAGCGCUAUGGUCAGCAGAGAAUCUGGGGUUCUAUAGCAUUUGUUCUCAUACCUGUCGUGGUUACAGUGGCCGUUGACCAUUCCCCUUGUUUUCUCCCCUUUCAAAUUCACCAUUAUUUUCUUCACUUUUACAUCUUUGCUGUUCUAAUGGCUGCAGCAAUUGUAGUUUCUUGUUGUUAUCCUGUGCCUCCUCCUGCCAAUGGCAAACACACUUCUAAAAUCUGCAAAGGUAUUCGUUUAAUCUGCUGUGAUGGUCAUGGGUUUUUAUUCUCAGUCACACUUUUACUCACUGGCAUGGUGUAUGCUUCAUACCACAACUUUUUAUUCUGGAGAAUUCAGGACCUUGGUGGCUUGGAGACAACCAUGGGGCUUUGUGUUUCCAUUGGUGCCUUUGCAGAAAUACCGAUGUUGAUUUUAAGUGGCAACUUAGUUAAAAAGCUUGGACCUUCUUGGAUGGUGUCAGUCUCGUUGAUCAUCUUGAGCCUUCGUGUGUUAUUCUAUGCCUUCAAUCAAGAACCUUGGGCAUUUCUCCCCAUAGAGCUGUCACAUGGCAUCACCCACACAACUUUAUGGUUUGCCAUACUGAGUUAUGAUGAUUUCAAUAUUGGUGCUUCUGUUGACAGAAGUCUUCGUACCAUUCUUUCUUCUUUCUAUUUUGGAAUCGGUUUCUCUGCAGGUAGUUUAAUUUCUGGGUUGGUUUAUCACUUUUAUGGCUCAAGUGUUCUUUUCUGGGUGGGCAGCGCUGUUAUUGGGGGGUGGUGUGUAAUCUUUUCCAUUGUGCAGAAGUGCAUGCCCAAGAAAGAAAAAGUGCGAUAUAUAAAGUUGCUGCGGAGUGAAUCUGAUAACUCAGAUGAAGAAAAUGAGGAUUGGCUAGAAAUGGCUCUCAAGGAUCACUAAUAUUUGAUGAAAUGCUUUAUGUAUUUAUUUGCUGUUAGUUUUGAAUUUAAAAAAUAAAAAUUAAUUUAUGCGUAGUGAGACUAUCAUUUUGAAUCCUAUUUUCAAGAAAUAUUCCCAC